AUAAUGAACGGUCUUGAAUGGCAAGCCGUCCUACUGUGCGGUGGUAUGGGCAAUCGAAUGACCGAACUGACGGAUCGCAUUCCAAAAUGUAUGCUACCAAUCGCUGGCAUACCGAUGUUUUGGUAUCCGUUGAAUUUUAUACGGAGAAAUGGCAUUAAUGUGCAGCUGAGGAGUGGGGCACGGCCGAUGUANCAAAUUGAGCCGAAAAUUAAGAGUGAUUUUGUUGUCGUGAGCGGAGAUUUUAUAUCCGAUAUGAGUCUUGCACCGUUAAUGAGCAUGCAUCGAGCCAAUGAUUCGUGUUUAACGUGCGUUUUUGCCGAGAACUUUAUCACAGGUUCCGUGCCUGGACCGAAAAUGAAACGAUCUAAAGGUCGAGAUUUCGUGGCCUUAUCCGAGAAGAAUCAACUGCUUUUCCUGGGAUCUGAAGAAGAUUUCGAUGAUACAAUCCCAGUUAAUUCACAUUUAUUUUCGAAAUUCAGAAAUGUGAAUUUAACAGCGAAAUGCAACGAUUGUCAUGUGUAUGUGAUGAAACGAUGGAUCAUUGAUAUCGUCAAACGGCAACGUUCAUUAUCGUCGAUUAAAGCCGAUCUGAUACCAUAUCUUCUGGAACGACAGUACACGCAGUUGGAAUCUGAAUUGGUACCACACGUUGAAAUCGAUAAGUUGACGGAACUUGCAAAUCAGUUCAGUUUCGGUACUCCAAUAGCGCCUCAGAUACCGCAAUUGCGUUGUUUCGCUUAUAUAGCAACACCGGAAAAUGGCUCGAUUGUAGCGCAUGUGAAUAAUAUUGGUACUUAUUUCGAGGUUAACAAAGCGAUAAUCCGAUUUUUGCACUGUAAAUUCAGUGAUUCAUUCCCGCACGGUCUAAAGAUGGACCAAAAUAUAAGUGAAAGUUAUGUGAAUAAAACGGUAAGAUUUCUCGAUGGAGCGUCGACGUUACGGACAGAUAGGCCGAUUAUUAAGAGGUCAGUGGUGGGAGCUGGAUGUGAGUUGGGAAUGCGAGUGAGGAUAACGAAUUCGUUGAUUAUGGAUUCGUGCAAAAUUGGCACUGGUGGUUGUGAGAUUGAAGAAGGCGCACAGAUAAUGUCUUCGAUUGUAAGCAAUCAACAGAAAAUACCCUCAAACGGUAAUUUCUUUGAUAUGUUGAAAUGUGGUUUAUUUGUGGUGGUUUCCUUGAAGAGAAAAUCGGGUUGA